AUGUCGUUUGGCGAAUAUGCUACGAACGAAGGGCUAACCUGCCCGGACUCACAGUCUGACAAGACGAAGUACAGGCUGAUCGCUCCGAGACCCAGCACAGAGACCACCACCACCCUAUCUCCCGAAGAGCUCCACAAGCAGCACCUCGUAGCAACCCGAACCGAGAUCACCGCGAAACUCAUCGCAAAGUAUGACUACUGCGUCGAGUUUGGGCGCCGAGUCACGGAACUGCGGCGACUGCUCGAUGCCCUUUGCGAGACUCUCAGCACCUCCGCACAGACUACCUAUCGCCGCGAGUGGACCUAUGACCUGCAGGAGCAGCUGGACAGGAUGAAGCGAUAUGUUGCGCAAGAUCAUGCUGAACUGAAUGCACUCCGGGCGAGAUAUCGUGCGGUUACGCAGGAGUUGGAAGGAUUACCCUGA